CAGCGAGGGAGUUCAAAACGACAACACAACCCUAAAGUUUCGGUUUAUUGUGUUAACGCAUGCUUAAAUUGCUAACGUUUGUGCUCGUUUCACUAUCUUAUCUCACUACACUUACUUUAGCACCGCGGCAUAAAGACCCAUUUCAUUUCAGACCUCACUAGAUAAAGCUAACUAGUUGAAUGGUGAAACUUUACGAAGCAACCGGAGAGAGGAUUAACUCCCAGUGAACCUUACAGAGAAACAAUUAUGUGUUUGUGUCAGACCUCUUGGCAUUUGGGCGGUAUCUUCACAUUUGACCUAAAAGGGAAAGCAAAGGGAAAUUGACAGCCUGGCAUUGAAACAGAGAAUAUGGACUACCUGCCGGAUGACAACUCCAGGUACAACGACGUUGACUACUGGGAUGAAAGAUACAAGACGGAGCAGAGUUUUGACUGGUUGGGCUGCUUUUCCAAAUUCAAGCACCUUCUGGAAAAACACGUCAAGCAAGAAGACUCUAUACUAAUACUUGGUUGUGGAAACAGCAGUAUGAGUGGAGACAUGUACAGUGCCGGUUACCGCUCCAUCACCAACAUAGACUACUCCUCUGUGUGCAUCAGUACAAUGGGUGCCAGGUACAGCCACUGCCCGGGAAUGACCUGGCAACAGAUGGACGUGCGCCAACUCUCCUUUCCUGAAGCAUCCUUUGAUGUCAUCCUUGAGAAGGCCACGCUGGACGCCAUCAUGGUGGAAGAGAAGUCACCUUGGGAGGUGUCUCCUGACACCGCCUGUUUCAUUCACCAAGCACUCACAGAGAUUAGUCGCUGCUUGAAACCAGGAGGACGCUUUGUCUCUGUAACGUUUGCCAAUCCCCUCUUCAGGAAACGCCUCUAUGCUCGCACAGAGUACAACUGGUCAAUUAACGAGUACAGUUACGGAGAAGGCUUUGAAUAUUUUGUGUACGUAAUGACCAAAGGAGAGGGGCUCAGUCCAGAAGAUGCAGCUCUGGAGAAGAAGAUACUGGAGGACAGAAAAGCCCCACCUCCCAUGAUCGCCACACAAAGUGAAGAUGAGGAAGACUUCCUGUCUAAUAUUGACUUAACAUAACUGGAUUUUCUAAAACAAUUUUAAUUUGCAGUUGUCACAUGCCAAAAGAAGAACUGGAGCAAGAAACAUUUUUAAACCGGGGAGAAAAUCAUGUUUGAGAUCAUUUCCAUUGACAAAAGGGUCUCUUACAUUUAGGGACUGUACAACAUGGAAAUGCCAAACUAAUGAAACAAAUGUUAUUCUAAAUAACAGCAUCUUUGGAAAACCAAAACCCAACUCACUAUUUUAAAUAAAUGAAAUGUAAUACAGCGCUGGCACUAGCCAACAAUCAAGUGUUUUUAACAAAAAGUUAAUUUGGUGUGUGAAAAUAUACACUACCCAAACUGACCUUUGACCUUUCUUUAUCCCGCCAUGUUAACAAAUACAGAAAAGGUCACUUUCAAAAUACAGAUCUUAACACACAAAAUGUCAACAAACAUUACAUAUUCUUGAUUUAAGUCUGCUCUUGUAUAACAUUAACAAUGUUUUGUAUAUGUUUUUAUCUGAUUUUAUUGUUUUUAUGGGAUGGUUUGUAUUAAUUUUAACAUCACAUCAUGGAGCUUUCCUCAGCUUCUUUUCUAACGAUAAUAAAACAAAUCAAUGUUC